UUUGAAAAUUAUUUGAAAGUGCUGAAUUGAAUAUUCAAGUGAUAGGCCACCCAUUAGUCAUGCAAUGCAAUUGAAAAUGCCAGAAGCUACAAGUCGUCUGGCCUAGCCUGCAAGGAAAUCUAAUUUAUUGGAUCUAAAACUGUAACUCUCUAAACCGCGCCUGAUGGUAAUGGCCGUGAUCCUGUUGCUGGCCCUGGCACUUGUACUAGGCUGCUAUUGCGCAAUCCACAGGCACAAGAUCGGAGCGACCUAUCUGAAGCCGCUGCUGAAGAACACGCCGCUGGAGGACUGCUACCAUGCCACGCCCGUCGUGCCGGAACAGCAGAAGCGCCGCCGGCGUCGUAGCAUCUGGGACAUACCAGGUCCUCAGCGCAUACCCUUCCUCGGAACCAAAUGGAUAUUCUUUGUGUUCUUUCGCCGCUACAAGAUGACCAAGCUGCACGAGGUCUACGCAGAUCUCAACAGAAGAUACGGGGACAUAGUGCUGGAGGUGAUGCCCUCGAAUGUGCCGAUCGUUCAUCUCUACAAGCGCGAGGACCUGGAAAAGGUGCUCAAGUACCCCAGCAAGUAUCCCUUCCGGCCGCCCACGGAGAUCAUUGUAAUGUACCGGCAGUCGCGUCCGGAUCGGUAUGCCAGCGUGGGCAUCGUCAACGAGCAGGGUCCUAUGUGGCAGCUACUCCGGACAUCGCUCACGUCCAGCAUCACUUCACCCCGGGUCCUGCAAAACUUCCUGCCUGCCCUGAAUGCCGUCUGCGAUGAUUUCAUCGACCUGCUGAGGGCCAGGCGCAAUCCAGAUACUUUCGUCGUACCAAACUUUGAGGAGCUGGCCAAUCUGAUGGGGCUGGAGGCAGUCUGCACCCUGAUGCUGGGUCGGCGCAUGGGCUUCCUGGCCGCCGAUGCCAAGCAGCCGCAAAAGAUCAGUCAUCUGGCGGCGGCCGUCAAGCAGCUGUUCAUUUCCCAGAGGGACUCCUACUACGGGCUGGGUCUGUGGAAGUACUUUCCCACGAAGACUUACCGGGACUUUGCGCGGGCCGAGGACUUGAUCUAUGAUGUCAUCUCCGAGAUCAUCGACAAUGAGUUGGAGGAGCACAAGAAGUCGGCUGAAUGCGAUGACGAAGGUGCCUCUGGCCUGCGCAGUGUCUUUCUCAAUAUCCUCGACCUCAAGGAUCUGGAUAUCAGAGACAAGAAGUCGGCUAUUAUUGACUUCAUAGCUGCUGGCAUUGAAACGUUAGCCAACACUUUGUUGUUUGUCCUGAGCUCGGUGACGGAAGAACCUUCGGCCAUGACUCGGAUUCUAAGCGAGUUCUGUGAGUAUCGGGAUACGAACAUCCUGCAGGAUGCCCUCACAAACGCCACCUUUACGAAGGCCUGCAUACAGGAGUCCUACAGACUAAGACCCACCGCCUUCUGUCUGGCCCGGAUACUCGAGGAGGAUAUGGAGCUAUCGGGCUACUCCCUCAAUGCUGGGACUGUAGUUCUCUGCCAAAACAUGAUAGCCUGCCACAAGGACAGCAACUUUCAAGAGGCAAAACAGUUCUCCCCCGAGCGUUGGAUUGAUCCAGUCACGGAAAACUUUACCGUGAAUGUGGAUAGUGCCAGCAUUGUGGUCCCUUUCGGGGUAGGCCGACGGACCUGUCCGGGAAAACGCUUCGUGGAAAUGGAGGUGGUGCUGCUACUCGCAAAGCUGGUAGUGGCAUUUGAUGUGAGCUUUGUGAAGCCGCUGGAAACGGAGUUCGAGUUUCUGCUGGCCCCAAAAACGCCGCUAAGUCUGAAGCUCAGAGAUCGUGCUAUCUGAUCGUGGAUCAAAUACAUGCAAAUUAAGUUAAGAACUGAACCAUUAAGUAAAACUAAUGAAAA